AUGAUCCAAGCACUAGCCGACUACGAACACGAGUCGAACGCGGUCAAGGCAACGGUGCAAUCGCUCGAGGACACGCUGGCCUUCUCGACGGACGGGACGGCCCAGACGCUGGAGCCGACGUCGCCCACCCGACCGGCACGGUGUCUCGUCCUGUCGACGCCGGAGGGCGAACCGGCGGGGAUAGCGCUGUACUUUUACAACUACAGCACCUGGCGGUCAGUGGGGGGGAUAUACCUCGAGGACCUGUUUGUGCGGCCUGCCCAGCGCGGGAAAGGGUACGGAAAGAGGCUGCUCGUCGAGCUGGCGAGGCAGGUCGUCGAGAUGAAGGGGGCCAGGCUGGAGUGGAGCGUUCUCAAGUGGAACGAGCCGAGUAUAAAGUUCUACCAGAGUAUCGGGGCCAAGGCUAUGGACGAGUGGGUUGGCAUGAGGGUUGACAAUGACGGGCUGGACAGGUUGGCGCAUCUGCUCGAUUAG